UGUCAGCUUUCACUCUCGUCGCUUCCAAAUUGAAACAAUCCAGCCUCAAAAAAGUCAAUCAAUCGCACGCGCACCGCACCCACUUCCCCGGCUUCGUUCGCUUUUUGUCGCUUACCUCCACCCCUCCCCCUUCCACCCCGUCAACGCCGAACGGAACCAGCAAAAACUUCCCUCCUCUCUUAUGACGGCCUCACAGCAUGUGAACAUACAUGUUACCGGUGGCUUCUCACGUCGAUUGAGGUGGAGCUAUGAACAAUGUUGCCACCCCGAACACGCCGGCGGACCCUCCUCAUCGUACUUCCCACGAUCUCCAAGAGGACAACCCCGACGGCCUAACACGGCCCGCCGUGUCCAGUCCAUACUCCGGUUCAGACUCCAGCCAAGACCAUGAUGAUGAUGAUGGCAGCCCCGUUGCACAAAAUCCAUCACUUUCAGACGCCGCCAAGGAGGGCCUUACCAAGAAGUUGCAGUUCAUGACGCAUCUUAGUAUCAGUCUGGACACUGUCGUCUAUGCUGAGCUGUGUGCGCUUUACUAUAUGGACUGUUCCUUCUUUCGACUAAUAAUACGAUGGAUGUCCCAAAUAAUGUUCAUAAGCCCCAGGCCCGAGGAUACCAUCUUAAUCACCCCCAACUACCACGUUUCCGCCAUCGUCGGCCCCAACGUUUUCUGCAUAUUGAUGCACCUAAUCGUAUCGCUGCCGAGCGCCGGCGAAGCUUCCCGAGGCUACCUCCACGGUGGCAUACUAUUCGACUUUAUCGGCCAGAAAGCACCGACGUCCAAAUUCAGCCUCCUCCUGUUGGAUCUUGUGGUACUUGGCCUACAGUGCUUCAUGCUGACUGUGAACAUGGAGAAGGAGAGGAUACGAAGGGUGAUGAAGCCGGUGAGAUUAGUCGGUGCUGCCGGGAACAACCCAACCGAGACCAUGAACCCUACUACUCAAGAUCUCGAUGCGGAGGAGCGCGGCGUUUUACGAGAUGCGGCAAUGGUGGACGAAACCAACGACAUGGAAUUACAGCCACUCAGGCGUAAUAAUAGCAGCAGCAGCGGCAGUAGCCAGCAAGACGUGGAGGAAAGGGCUGGUCUUUUAAGCCGGCCGACGCCCCCCGCUAGUGAUCUCGAAGGUCUGAGUGACACGUUGAGAUCUGGCAAUGCUAUUCUGGCCAACUUUAACCUUCGGCGAUCGCUCCAGGCUGCUUGGCAUAACCCCGCAAACUCGCCCGAGAGCGCGGCCGCGUACACUUUACAGAAUGUUGGAUAUAAUGCGACUCUCGCGGCCUUGGCUGCGCAAAGGAGAGCGAGGAUGGCUGCGGCACAGCCGAGGCAGCCAUGACGAGAUACUGUAUGUAUGUAGAUAGCCACCAGAUAAU